UUACAUGUAUGCAUUGUUUACUUUAUAGAGUAGGUAAAUGGGACCGAUGGUUACUUAUCUUAUCAACACUAAAUGCACGCCAGUUAUAUUCAACCUUGGAAGUUAAAAUAAAAAUAUCAACAUUAUUCCCAUUUUUUGUACUUUCAAUUAUGAAGGUAACCAAUAUUUUUCAUCACAUCCCUGUAUUCCCUCGUGCAGCCAUGCAUGUCAUAAAAACGAUGGCGACAAAGGACGCCAAAAUAAACAAGUCGAUCUUCAUCUUCGUACGUCGUUCUUCUGUCGUUUGGCCAGUUCCUGCUCGACUAAACUAUAUAUGUAAAGAAACAAAACGGUGAAAACAUGACAAGAGAAGGAGGGGCAAUUGCUGUGCCUACAUUAGUUUUAUCUCAACACAGAGAAGGAUCAGAUGCAUUUAUAAAACCCAGUGAUUUACCAAGUUCAAAAUUCAAAUAUGAUGUAUGGCAUGAUAUAAAGAACAAUACAAUCGAUGCUGAUGAGUUGAAAAAUCCUAGAAUCAGAAAGGGACCGUAUCCCUCGGAUAGAGAUGACGAAAAUUCAUCUUCAUCUAGCAGCAGUAGCGAUAGUGAAAGUGAUGAUGAAGAGAGUGUGAAGAAAAAAAGGAAAAUGGAUAGAAAUUGGUUAAAAUUCCGGAGAAAUCACAGAGAUGAGCAUGAAAAUUGGGAAGAAGCCAAAAUUGUAAAUUUGUCAUAUCAAAAUCUUGGGGACAGCUUUCAAAUCAAUAAUUUCAUGAGAGUUAUCGGAAUGCUGCGGACAUGCGUAGAGCUACAUCUUGUUUCUGAUGAACUGAGAGACUUGAGCAGGAUUUCAUUGCCCAUGUGUAAAGUUCUGAACUUGACUUCAAAUCACUUGAAGUCAUUGAAGGAUCUACCGUCCACCAAAGUUCUACAACACCUCAAUAUGACAGAAAAUAAUAUAAAGACGAAUGAUGGACUAGAAAAAUUGAAACGUCUCAAGACACUUCAUCUCACCAGGAAUCCGAUCUCUUACUCAUUUGACUACAGACCACACAUCUUCAAGAAGCUACCCACACUUGAAGCUUUAGAUGGCACACCAAAGCUUGAAGAUGAUGACCACUUUGAUUAUCCAGUGCAAAAAGAUACUUGCAGCAUUUGUUGAAUGCUUAUCAGAUCAUAUAUUGAUAUUCACACAUUGUCAACAGCAGUACAACAAAUGGCCUAAUUCAAUAUGGCGCACAAUGGUGAAACAUCUCGCAAUCUUUUAUACAAUUUUAUUUCAUGCACUUAUGCAUAGCAUUAUAUUCCACUGCUCUACUUUUAAUCUGAAUUUUAUGUCCACUGUAAAUCAUGAUUUCGCAAAUAUAUAACUUACCAUAAUAA